AAGCUUCCCUCUUCACAAAGCAGCAAGCGAAAGCUGUCCAAUUGACAUUUCAGUUGCUUGCAGCCAGGCCACCACCAUCAGCAACUCAUCGUUUCCCGGGUUCGGCUUCCUCUUGCAAAACCCGCAAAACCCUACAGAGCCCGCGGCAUCAGCAGCACAUGGAUUCAUCACUGCAUGAGGUCUGGCAGGCAGCAGCUGGCUCGCCCUUUGUCCCAACCGUCGGCAAGGACAGCCAAUUCAUCGUCGCCUUCGUUCUGCUGCUGACCGGCCUCUCCCUCGGCGGCGCAUUUACUCUGAACCGAUCAGUCCUGAACAUACCUCUUCUCGCCGUCCCAGCAUCCCUAGCUCUUGCGUAUGUCGACUUUCCCCUGCUCCUCCAUCCUCAGCAAGACUCGAAUUAACGGAGAACUCUUUU